AUGGCCGCCACCCCCGCGCGCACUUCAACCCUCCUCUCCAACCUCGCCGCCGUAGCAAAAAGCAUCGCAACCGCAACAACCCACUCCCCAACACCAACAAAACCAGUCCGGCUAGUGGCCGUCUCAAAACUCAAGCCGGCCUCCGACGUCCUAGCCCUGCACAAAUCCCCCGUCGCGCAAUCCCACUUUGGCGAAAACUACCUGCAAGAACUCCUCGAGAAAUCGCGCCUGCUCCCGCCAACCAUUAAAUGGCAUUUCAUCGGCGGAUUGCAAUCUAAUAAAUGCGUCACGCUCGCACGCGAUGUACGCGGGCUAUGGGCCGUCGAGAGCGUCGAUACCGAGAAGAAGGCUACCUUGUUGGAUAAAGGGCGUGGCGAGCGGAAGCCCGAUGCUGAGGAAAUGGAAGCCGAAAUUCAAGCCAUGGAGACGGAUAAAGAUUCCGAUUCACGACUGCGUAUUUACGUGCAGGUCAACACUUCUGGCGAGGAGAACAAAGCGGGUAUCGAACCCGCUGCUGCACCGGCUUUGGCGAGACAUAUCCGGGAGAAAUGUCCCCGGCUUAAAUUGCAGGGUGUCAUGACUAUCGGUGCUAUUGCGCGGUCAAAGGCUACGACUCCCGAGAACCAGAAUGAGGAUUUCGUUUGUUUGCGCGAGACCCGGGAUCGGAUCGUUUCUGAGUUGGGGUUGACUGGGGCGGAUGCCGAGUUGGAGUUGAGUAUGGGGAUGAGUUCGGAUUUUGAGGGGGCGAUUGCGCUGGGGAGUGAUCAGGUUCGUGUUGGGACCACUAUCUUUGGAGAGAGGCCUCCCAAGGCUGAGGCUAGGGUUAUUUGA